CGGGGUGGAGAGUAUCCUAGAGCUCCAGUAGGAGUAUGGCAACGGAUCCGCGGAACUAACGAGCAAGCUUCGAAAGUGGAGAAUAUGUCGAACCGAUGAGCUCCGGUACUUCAACACACCGGAUAGAUUAAAGAGUCCCACGAAAGCCGGUUCCCACCUCCUCCUUGCCCGUCCUUUAACUGGUACAGUGGUGCCGAAACCCGGGAGGGAGGAGGGAUGCACCGUCCCAGAGUCCUCACCGCUGCCAUCCACCAGGGGAGCAGCCGCGGCCUCUGCCAGGGGACAGAGGGGUCGCUGCCAGCCGCCGGGAGACGGAGGAACUGCUGCCAUCCGCCAAAGACGGGGAGGAGCAGUUCUGUUUGCCAGGGGCUGGAGGACUCGCUGCCAUCCACCAGGGGAGGGGCAAGCUGGCGUCUGCCAGAGGGCGGAGGAGCGGUUGAGGCGACAGCGGGUCCGGGAGCCGAACCAUGGAUGCCAAAAUUUCAAUCACUUCAUUCUGGAUGGUUUUGGAAGUGUACUUUGCAUUUUCUGGGAUACUUGACGUAUUGUCAGCAAGGAGGAAUGCCUGCUCAAAAGCCAAUCGUGGGCGUGCAAGUAGAUGCAAUGAGCACGCUUCACUGCAUGCAGUCUGACAGCACAGCCACCAAUAUCCUGGCCUCUGUCAAAGAACAGGAGCUGCAGUUUGAGCGCUUGACACGGGAGCUGGAGGUGGAGCGACAGAUUGUGGCCAGUCAGCUGGAACGAUGCAGACUGGGUUCAGACUCACCAGGAGCUGCAAGCGGCAGCUCCUCUGAGAAGUCUUUUCCCUGGAGAGCUGCAGGGUCUGUGGGUAACUCUCGCAGCUCUACGCAAAUGAACUCAUACUCUGACAGUGGUUAUCAGGAUGCUGGCAGCUACUACAGCAGUCAGACGCAGGGCAAGUGUGAGUUGCGACCACAGCACUCGUUCCCAGGUUCAGGAGGAAACUCCACACUGCAGAGGAACUCUAGAGCCGAGGGCCAGGCUGCAGGACAGGCGUUAGGAGUUAUGGGCGGGGCUAUUCCAGGUCGGGCUAUGCGGCGAGUCGUUUCAAUGCCCACUCGCACUCAGUCUCCGUAUGGCAGCAGCAUCUCUCCGUCUCGAGGGUCCCUGCACACAGCGGGAAGCUCUUACGGGUCGCCCAUCAUGACCGAACCCAAACCGCUACCCUCAGUUUUCACCAGCACCACCCUUACUGGAGUCCCGCAGGCCUGCUCGCCCUACACCACCCAGAAAAACUCCCCUGUCGCCCUGCGCAGAAUAGGCUCCAUAAACUCCCGCUUGGGCAGUGCCAGUCGUACCACCUCACCUUACUCAGUGGGUGUGGGUUAUGCAGGUGGAGAGGGGCAGAUCGGGUCUGGGUCUCCGGCCCAGUCCGGGAUGGCAGCUGUGCCGCAGCAUUAUGGGUCCACGAUGCUGAGAGCGUUUGUGCAUGAUGGCUCUGAUCCGUAUAGCACACACAACUAUGAGAUCUACAAGCGGAUCGCCCUGCAUCCAGACAACCUUACAGGUGUGCGAGCAUCUUAUGCCAGUCAGCACAGUCAGAUGGGUGCUGACCUGAGGUCAGCCAUCUCCCCUGACCGUCAUAUUGGACCCAUCUAUGAGGGUUGCACAUUCCAAGGGCCCCUGUACCGCAGCCCCAGCCAUGCAGUUGCAGACCUCAACCACAACCCACACAGUGCCCUCUACAGGUCAUCAUUUGGUGUGGGUAACCUGCAGCAGAGCUCCAGUCAGCAUAGUAAUAUCACGUACCAAAGAAGCAACUACACCCUGAACACUAUCUACACAGAACCAUACCAAAUGGCCCCGUACCGGCCCUCUGACCCCAGCUACACAUGCCAGCCCAUCGCCAUGGAUGAUGACCCCACCCACUCGCCCUCCAUAGACAGCAUACAGAAGGACCCAAGAGAGUUUGCAUGGCGUGAUCCAGAGCUGGCAGAGGUCAUUCACAUGCUGCAGCAUCAGUUCCCAUCUGUGCAGGCCAAUGCAGCCGCAUACUUGCAGCACCUGUGCUACGGAGACAACCAUGUCAAGAAAGAGGUGUGUCGUCUGGGUGGUAUCAAGCAUCUGGUGGAUUUGUUGGAUCAUAAAGUUCUUGAAGUGCAGCGUCACACGUGUGGAGCUCUGAGGAACCUCGUUUAUGGCAGAGCCACUGACGACAACAAGGUUGCCGUAAGGAACGCAGGUGGAGUUCCUGCUCUGCUCCGUUUGCUAAGGGCAACUGUAGACACUGAAGUUAGAGAGCUCGUCUCAGGUGUGUUGUGGAAUCUGUCGUCAUGUGAUGCAGUGAAGAUGACAAUCAUUCGUGAUGCUUUGAGCAGUAUGACAAACACUGUGGUCAUCCCUCACUUGGGCUGGAGCAACACUGACUUCCACGAUGAACACAAGCUCAAGUUUCACUCCACACUCGUGCUUCGUAACACUACUGGCUGCCUCAGGAACCUGAGUUCAGCUGGAGAGGAGGCCAGGAAACAGAUGCGCUGCUGUGAUGGACUUAUAGACUCACUGCUAUACGUCAUCAAAGCCUGCGUCAGCACAUCUGACUUUGACAGCAAGAUUGUGGAGAACUGUAUUUGCACUCUGAGGAAUCUCUCCUACCGAUUGGAGCUUGAAAUGCCACCCUCUCAGCUGACAGCCAAUCAGGAGCUAGACGGGUUACUAGGCUCAGAGUCUCCCAGUAAAGAGACGGAGUACAGCUGCUGGUGGAAGAAGAGGAGGAAGAAGAAGAGUUUACAGGAGGAGCAGUGGGAUGGAGUAGGGCCAAUUCCUGGUUUCUCCAAGUGUCCUAAAGGUGCUGAGAUGUUGUGGCACCCGUCUGUGGUGAAGCCUUAUCUGACCCUUUUAGCUGAGAGCUCAAAUCCAGCCACACUGGAGGGAUCUGCCGGAUCACUGCAAAACCUCUCUGCUGGAAACUGUAAGUUCGCUGUGUAUAUUCGUGCAGCAGUGCGUAAGGAGAAGGGUUUGCCCAUCCUGGUGGAGUUACUUCGCAUGGACAAUGACAGAGUGGUGUGCUCCAUCACCACAGCGCUCAGAAACAUGGCACUGGACAUCAGGAAUAAAGAACUGAUCGGUAAAUACGCCAUGCGGGAUCUGGUGAACCGGUUGCCGGGAGGAAACACCACGCUGCUGUCUGACGACACAGUGACAGCCAUCUGCUGCACGCUACACGAGGUGACCAGUAGAAACAUGGAGAAUGCUAAAUCCCUGGCAGACACGGGUGGCAUCGAGAAACUCGUCAACAUCACCAAGGGCAGAGGAGAGAGCAGGUACUCUAUGAAGGUGGUGAAGGCUGCAGCUCAGGUGCUGAACACACUGUGGCAGUAUAGAGACCUGCGCGCCAUCUAUAAGAAGGAUGGCUGGAAUCAGAAUCACUUCUUGACUCCCGUAUCAACUCUAGAGCGAGAGAGCUUCAAAUCACUGCCCACACAACCAUCAACCACACUACAGAUGUCACCCGUGCAUCACACAGUGGGCAGCACAACAUCAUCUCCUGCAAUGCUGGGCAUUAAAGAACGACAUGCUGAGAAUCAGACAACUCAAUCAACUAUGCAAUUUUAUAAUUACCAAGGAGAGGACAGUAUCAAUGAAAACUCAUAUACAGGGUCUGCAAAAGCAUCUCAGUUUUACAUGGGGCCGUACACUUCCCCCAGCAGAGAGAGCUCCAAACGAGGACAGCAGGUGUAUUACGCAGAUGAGAUGGGCUGCAGAAACUAUGACACCUACCGCACAUACCUGCAGUCACCGCAAGCUUACGAGGACUCGUACCUGGAAGAGACGGUGCGCUACUCUCCCGCCGAUUGCAGCUUCAAAACCGCCAGCAACUAUGUGGACUUUUACUCAUCCACCAGGAGACCCUCGUACCGCACUGAUCAUUACCCAACAUCCCCGGACUCAUGGGUGUAGAGACAGCGUCUGCACACAAACAAACUUUUUUUAACAGUUUUUUUUUUUUUUAAGAGAAGCCAAUCAUGGAGCAGCACAUAGGAGGAAUUGAUUGAGAAUGUCGAGCCAAAGAUGAGACAGAAUGUGUUUUUAAUGGAAUCCAGAAAUGGAUGUUGACGUGUUUGUGUAUAUGGAGUGUUGGGGAAUGUUGUGUAGACAUUAGAUGAAUUUUCUUUUGGAAAUCUGUUGCUGUGACAGGAUGAGUGACGUGCUGAAGGUUCAUGGUUGGAGAAACAGAGAGGAAAAUACGUUUGUACGUGGGCCACAUGAACUAGAAUCUGUCAAAACAAUAAAUAAAUGAGAAUUAUGAUUAUGAUGAAUAUGAAUACUGUUAGUCUGUACAGUGGGAACAUUUAUUGGUACCUGUUGUUAAGAUUGUGAAUGAGUCUUGUACAUAUUUUUCAUUUUAUUGUAAAUACAAUGAUAAAAUGUCACAUGGUAUUUGCUUUACUGCUCCAGUGAUAAAGCAAACAGAUGUAGAUGAAUCUAUAGUGAGGGUGUCAUGACAUGAACUCUGCAGAAAUAAAAUUAA